AUGGCAUCUUCCACGGGGAUCCAGGUCCCUGAGCUUGCACACAAUAGCUUGGGCGUGGCCGAUAUCGCAGUGCAAACGGUGUUUCUUGUUCUUGGACUUGUCGCGGUUUGUUUGCGAGUAUGGUCCCGGCACUUGCGAUUGGACUCUUUGCAAUUUAAUGACUGGCUCAUUGUUGCGGCGAUGGUCCUCGUUACUGGCCGCUAUUUCCUUGAAAUCUUCUUGGUCUUGCUUUGUGGAGCCGGUCUCCAUACAUCAGAAUCUAUUCAGCUCGGCAGCUCUACGAACAUGCAUUACCUGAUUCAACUCAUUUGUACAAGCGAUUUGCUACGAAUUACAGCUGUUUGUUUGAUUCAAGUCGCCGUUCUUCAUCACUUCCUCCAGAGGUACCCUCGCUUCUUUGUCAGAUGGCCAAUUCACCUGCAACUAUGUCUAUGCAUCGCGCUGUGGAUGGCCAGUUUAGUCGCCACGGCCAUUGUGUAUGCACCCCACAAGCUGGCCUAUCUCGACAGACAUCGGAGUGAGCUUCAGAUGCUACUCAUGGGCACAUCCAUUACCGAGGUCAUACUCAAUGGAUUCGUGGUCGCGUCAUCUAUCCUCAUUCUUCGGAACGCAGUACUUACGACGGCACAAGAGAUUGUGGUAGCGUGUAUCUAUGUUCUUGCCUCGAGGUACCAUCCCUCCCCGCCCCCCCAUCAUGUUCGCAAUCACUAUUUACUCCUUGGAGGCAUACUCACUCGCCCACCUAGCAUGAUCAUCAUAUCUGCGAUUCGGAUCAAAAUCGGACUCGAUAUCAACCCUCAAGACCUCACAUUCGACUAUACUCGUAUAUCCCUCCUAUCGACCGUGGUUCUCGCCUUGGGUCUCCUCUCCUCAUGUUUACCCCUGUUAUCGCCGGCUGCAGGAAGGAUCUUUCAAACAACUGCCUUCUCUCCGCCGCUCGAUGCUGUUGCCACGAGUCCAAUCCUAUUGGAAAAUCGAGAGACCACCAUCGUCUUGGGUUUACCCGCAGACGGCCGGCCCACUCCAAUGGUGACCAUCACCAUGCCCCCCUCACCAAGUGCUUCAGUGAGCGGGCUCGGGACCAUAUCACAAUCACAUCGGACUGGGAGAUUCGCUCGGCGAGAAAUUCGGCUCGUAUAG